AUGCGUUUAAAUAAGGCUCUGUUUGUUUUAUUUCUGGCGUUAUAUUUUAUUGCCGGUCUUUCACUUCUCAUUACCGGUAGUGUUGCCCAUAGACAUGCUUCACAGUUUGCCGAAAUUACUGGUGGUUCGAUUAUGUCUGGUGCUGGUUUUAUUAUUGCAUUAGGUGUUUUUAUUAUUAUCUUAUCAGCUCUUGGUUUCCUUGGUGCAUGUAAAAAUCGUUUAGGAUUAUUACAACUUUUUAUUGGUUCAUUAGCUGUAAUCUUAUUGCUUCAAUUUAUUGCUGUUAUUGUUGGAUUUACGCUUCGUAAUAAGGCUGAUGCUACAUUAAAGAAUAAAUUAUAUAGUUCAUUAGCAAUAUAUGCAACAGGAGAUAGUGAGGUUAUUACAGAAUGGAAUCGUCUUCAACAACAAUGGUCAUGUUGUGGUGUUGAUAGUUCGGCAGAUUGGAAAGAGAAAACUAAACUUGCUAAAGAGCCGGAUUCAUGUUGUAUUAAACUUGACUGUCAACCAAUUAACGUAAAUGAAACUUAUUUUGAUCAAGGUUGUUAUCAAUCAGCUCGUAAUUUAUUCUUUCGAUAUUCAAAAGCAUUAGGUGGAGUUUCACUUUUCUUCUUCUUUGUUGAAAUUGCUGGAAUGAUAUUGGCUAUUAUUCUUUUACGAGAUUUGAAGAAUAAUUAUGGAAGUGUUUAA